CUCUUACCGUGCACGCUUCUUUUCAUCAUUUCAAAAUGGCGGACUUCUAUCUUCGCUACUACGUCGGACACAAAGGGAAAUUUGGCCACGAGUUUUUAGAAUUCGAGUUCCGACCUGAAGGCAAACUUCGGUAUGCAAACAACUCGAACUACAAGAAUGAUGUGAUGAUUCGCAAAGAGGCAUUUGUACACAAAGCUGUUAUGGAUGAACUUAAAAGGAUAAUUGAAGACAGUGAGAUACUGAAAGAAGAUGACACCCUUUGGCCACAGCCAGACCGAGUUGGGAGACAGGAACUUGAAAUAGUGAUGGAUAAUCAGCAUAUUUCAUUUACAACUUCCAAGAUUGGGUCUCUUGUUGAUGUCAACCAGUGCAAAGACCCUGAUGGCCUAAGAAGUUUUUACUACUUGGUUCAAGACCUCAAGUGUAUGGUGUUUUCUCUAAUUGGUCUCCACUUCAAAAUCAAACCAAUCUAAAUGUUUUCUCAAUUUGUGUUAUAUACAACUUUGCAGCCGUAUCUUUGUUUCAUAAUUUUGAUCUUUCUUUCUUACAUACUGUCAACCUGAGAAUUAAACUGUGGAACAGAAUAUAUUGCAGGUUGCAAGUGUGCUCCUCUUUGCUUGCUUGUUAUUCUUUUCUAAAGCUUCAUAAAAGAAAUCUACUGAGAGUCAAAACUUUGUACAUAUUUUUCAGAAACUAGAUGAAAUAACCACCAUCAUCAAUUUUUGAAACUGUACCCUUGUGCUAUGCAUGUGCACCAUAGCUUUUGAACAUUGUGAUAUUGGAUUUCAGCCCACAGUUAAAUAAUUUUCUUUAUAAACAAACCUGUAUCUUUUACUGAGUACAUAGGCAAAAAAACUGUAUCUUUUGUUAGUUUGGUCACAGCAUUAAUAAAAUGUUUUU